AUGAAACCUACGCCUUCUACCACCUGCACUACCACCCUCUACCACCCUCUACCACCUGCACUACCACCCUCUACCACCCUCUACCACCCUCUACCACCUGCACUACCACCCUCUACCACCCUCUACCACCUUCUACCACUACCACCCUCUACCACCUGCACUACCACCCUCUACCACCUGCACUACCACCCUCUACCACCUGCACUACCACCCUCUACCACCUGCACUACCACCCUCUACCACCUGCACUACCACCCUCUACCACCUGCACUACCACCCUCUACCACCCUCUACCCAGUGGCGUAA